AUGUCCAUCGGAUUGGUGUCCCAGGUCAAGGAAGUAAGCCAAUCAGCGAUUGCCACGCUUUGGUCGUGGGGGAAACUCCUGGAGCCGACCGCACUCAGCCUCCCCUCCAAUCUCUCCGAGGCCACGACCCGACUGGCCCAGAACUUGACCCAUUUCCGCUCCAACUACACCUUGGUUCUCUUGCACGUGGUGUUUAGGGGCACGGAGGACCGUGUUAUGGAUGACCCAAGUGGGAAUUAUGAUAGCAAACAUUACCUUUGGAUGAUCAUCAGAUCAUGA